AUGGCCGAGCAGCAGGUGCAGCGUAGCCUCCCGCGAGAGUUGGAUGCGGGCGUCAAAUUAGACCGCGCAAUUGAACGAUUCCUCAUCUACACGCCCAUCGGUGCUACUGUGGGCUUGGGGCUCUCCUUCCUUUUCCAGCGACGAUUUUUGAAGGCGACUGUGUUCGGCUUCAGCACCGGCACGGCGUUUGGAAUGGCGUGGGGUGACUCCAAGUGGGACUGUGCCCAUCCUUCCGCCCUGCACGGCCAGAGACUGUGGCGCGCCACCGCCACCAAGCAGAGCAGCCCGCGCGAGUAG